AUGGGUAUCCUGACGGAGGAUGAUAGUCUCGUCGAUGCUGCCUUGACCGAGAUACUCGCUCUUCCGGUCGACAAGCGCCUACAACUUGAUCCUCAGCACGACGUUCAGCUGCUCCUUGUUAAUCACUAUCUUGGCCAGGGGAACGCGAGCAAGGCGCAAUCCCUCCUUCAAGGAGCCGUACAUGCAGAGCCUACGCAACGCAUACCACGGGACCGCUUGGCGGAGAUUGAGUUGCAACUCGGGGAGCCUGCUUCUGCUGCAGCUGUCCUGGACGCCGAGCCGGAAACCGAGGCAAGCACACUCAAUCGCAGCGUUGCGUACUCCCUCGCUUUGCGUGCGGUUGCGGGAUCGAGCGAGGACAGCGUACAUGCUCUGCGCCUCGCACAGAGAGCUCUUCGCCUAUCGCCACAGGAUCCGAGAGGAUGGCAAGCACUGGCAGUCGUCCGUGCCAAAUUGGCCGGCCAGGAUGGAACGCAAUGA